AGGAGGAAAGAUGAGUGUUGGGGGUGGGAAGGGGCAAAUAUUCCAGAAAUUGCUAGAAACAUCUGCUCGUCUCUUCGCCAUUUCUCUUAUCUUUAUCUCUUUUUACUAAUACCUUCAAUCAAAUACCAACCCUUCAGUACAAUAAGAGUCAGAAAUAAAGUAUUCUUUAGCGACAAAAGUGCAGAUCGCAAAUUGCAACUGAAAUGCCAUGGACAGUACGGACACUGACAUGAUGGAGGCGGAGUCCACGGCGGCGCCACCGCAACCUCCACCGUCACAACUGCAUUCCAGUUCGGGCCAACACGACGUCGUUAGAGGCAUGCUCACUACUGCUCGCCAGCUUAUCGAUCAAGGCAAGCCUUCUCAGGCUCUCCAAGCGGUGGUGAUGGCCAUGAGAACCAAAGGCGGUGAGCAAGCUGUAUUUCAAGCCCUGAAUCGUGCUCAGGAACUGUACAGAAAUAAAGUACAGGCAAGUGUGGCUGCAGAUGAGCUGGCUUCUUUAUUUGCUGAGUGUGCCAUUGCUGAGGCCAUGCCUCCUGUAUCCCAGCCGUCUGAACAUAAUACAGUGGAUAAACCAAUUGAAGUAGAUGUUGAUGGAACGUCAAUACUAGCUGAAACUGGCAGAAAACAGAUAAUGCUUGAUGCAUUCUCUGAUGGAACCAGCUUUGUCUGCUUACAGUGUGGGGGUCUAGUUAGCACGCACCGCAAAGAUGAGCACUACUCAUUCUGGUGUUGCAAAAUGUGACAUAGUUUGCUACUUGAAUGGGGUACAUCUCCUUGCUCGGUCUUGGACAGAGUGCUACAUUUUUCAUGUCAUUACUCAUCAUGAGAGGCUUAUAUCUCGUGCAUGGUGCUUGUGCACCAUAGGUGGUAGUUUCUACUAUAAACAUAACCUGCUCUUGGUUCCAGAUGUACUCUCCAUAAAGGCAUGUUGCUGUAAGCGUUACAUGGCCAAUUUGGUGGCCGAAGUUAUGGAUGUGCACCAUAGGUGGUAGUUUCUACUAUAAACAUAACCUGCUCUUGGUUCCAGAUGUACUCUCCAUAAAGGCAUGUUGCUGUAAGCGUUACAUGGCCAAUUUGGUGGCCGAAGUUAUGAAUGCCUGAUGUAGUACCCAUUACUUAACGUCAUAUGGUUAGAUAUUGGUUACAGGAAAUGUAUUCGCGGUUCUAGGAGUGUGUUUGUGCACAUUUGUGCCGUUUAAGAUGUUUUCAAAUAAUACGCAUGUCCCUUGUGUGA